AUGCCGUCCUCUAAGUAUGACGGCACGUCUGAUCCAGAUGAUCAUGUGGCGGCUUAUGAAGGCCAUAUGUUCCUUUACACGCAGGUGGAUGCCAUCUGGUGUAAGGUCUUCCCUUCCACUCUGACCAGGAUAGCUCAGAUGUGGUUUAAAAGUCUCAAACCAGGUAGCAUCUCUAGCUUCUCUCAGCUGUCAUCCACAUCCAGUACACACUUUGUAAGCAAUAGGCGUCGUGAGCGUACUACUGGAGAAUUCCUUUCUGUCAAGCAAGGUGCAAAUGAAAGUUUGAGGGAUUAUAUUGGCCGUUCCAAUGUCGAAGCGGUUUCGAUACCCAAAAUGCAACAGGAUGUGGCUGUGUUAGCUCUGAUGACGGGGCUUAAGGAAGGAUCGCCAUUCCGGAACUACCUGGGCCGGAAAGCAUAUACAUCUUUGGGUCCAGUCCUUGGCAAGGCCAAUGACUACAUCAGAGGAGAAGAGUUCGACAAGGCAGUAGGCAACCGUGAAUCUGAUAAGAAGGAAGAUAAGCAGAAAAAAGAAAAGGGUCGUUAG